CACGGGGAGCCCUCCCGGCACGCCGAGCGCCGCUCCGGAGCUCUCCCGAGCCCUCCGAGCCGUGCCCGGCUCCGGAGGCGGCCGCGGGCUCCCGAGGAAAGCCUGGCACGCCGCACGCCUUCAGAGGAGCCCCGCACCGCUGGGGGCUGCCCGGGGACGGGCGGCGUGACCGUCCCUGGAGGUGGCACUGUCACCGCUGGACUUGGUGGUGUCCGGUCACAGGUUGGACUGGAUGAUCUCAGGGGUCUUUUCCAGCCUAAUCGAUUUUGUGAUUCUGUGGUUGAAUGUACUCCAAGCAAAGCCUCCCGCUGUACAACUGUGAUACUUUAUGGGAUCUUGCUAUAGCUGAAGUGGAGAAGAGAGAAAAUCCUGAUGAUGAUGAUGUCAAGCCAGGGGAAGUUUGGGAAAAAUCAAUAUUAUUUAUGGGAAACAAAAACGGGGGAAAGACCACUAUCAUACUGAGAUGCCUUGAGAGGGAAGAGUCUCCAAAGCCAACAUUAGCUUUGGAAUAUACUUUUGGAAGAAGAGCAAGGAGACACAAUACACCUAAAGAUGUAGCUCAUUUUUGGGAAUUAGGUGGUGGAACCUCAUUAGUGGAACUCAUUCGAAUACCAAUCACUAGCCACAACAUAAGGUCAUUUGCUGUGGUUCUGGUACUGGAUCUCUCCAAACCUAAUGAGCUCUGGACUACUAUGGAAAGUCUUCUGCAGGUCACCAGAAGCCACGUGAACAAAAUUUUAACCAAACUAGAAAAGACAAACCCUGAAGUAGCUGCUGAAAUUAAACAGAGAAUGUGGAACAAUCUGCAGAGGGAUCACCCUGACAGUGCAUUAGUUGACCCUUUUCCAAUACCCUUGGUGAUAAUUGGAAGCAAAUACGAUAUUUUUAAUGAGUUUGACUCUGAAAUGAGGAAAAUAAUAAGCAAGACACUUCGAUUUGUUUCACAUUAUUAUGGAGCGUCAUUAGUGUUUACCAGUAAAUCUGAGGCUCUCCUGCUGAAAGCCCGUGCUCUUAUUAAUCACUUGGCAUUUGGCUAUGAUAAAAGCAAGUCUGUAUCAGUGGAUCCCAGCAAACCUCUCUUUAUACCAGCAGGCCUGGAUUCCAUGAGCCAAAUAGGACCACCACCUGCCUCUGACAGUGAUCUUGGAAAGAUGCGUGCCAACACACCUUUGGAACUUUGGAAAAAAGUAUUUGAGAAAACAUUUCCUCCCAAGAGUUCCUGUGAUUUACAAGAUACCAAGGACCCUGCACAGGAUAGUCAGUAUGCUGAGUAUGAAGUUGAUGCCAUGAGAGCUCAGAAAAACCAGGAACUUGAACAAUACAAAAGAAAUGCCUCUAAAUCCUGGAAAGAAAUGGAUUUUGAUUCUGAUUGAUGAACUGCUCUGUCUUCAGUUUAACACCAUUUACAAAAUUAUUUUUAUCAUUUUUACAUUACAUUAGCAAUUUCAUCUGAUGCAGUUGAAAAUAUAUAAUACCAAACUAUGACAUUGGUAUUUAUUAAGCAUCCCUGCUGUUAUUUUCCAGAAAAGGAGCUGUUUAUUCACUCAGUCCAAAUUUGUUUAUCUUGGCACUAGCAAAGAGUUUUAAAAAGUGGGGUGAAAGGAGUUCUUGAUUGCUCUCAGAUGGGUCUGUAUAUGAAGACUGGCAUUACUCAAUUCUAUCUAUUUUAUAACACAUUAUUUGAUUUACUUUUGAGUACUUCUACCCUAAACAUAUAUUUAAAUAUAAACAAGUUUUCACACCCAAAAUACGAAAUUGUGUGGUGUGCUAGGCAUCUUUUUGUAGUUCAAAACCAAAGCUUAAGAGAUACUUGUAUAAUUGUUUGAUGUGUUUGAAUAAAUAAAAAACCCUAAAACUGGUAGAAUAAAGUGGAGUUAAAACCUUCUUUGACCUGAA